UACAACCGGAUUAAACCGAACCCGACGUCAUUGCGAAAGGAACGCUCUGUGAAUGAAAUUCCCUGUCGAUCGGAUUUAUAGUUUUUGAUCAUUGUUGCUGCCGCGUGAAUGUGCUCCUUUUAUUCGUCCUUUUUUUGUUAUUGGUGAAGUUUCCAAGGAAAUCACAGUGAAACGCUUAAGUGAUUAGAACAUUUGUGACGCGAGUCUUUUUCUGAGUUUUCGGUCGGAAUAAAAAUGACUAGUGACUUUAGUCGACACGCUCCAUUUUCGUACUACUACACGCACGAUCCCGUAGCACCAGCGUGUGCUAACGUAAACGUCAAAAUGGAGCAACUUGAAGUGCCAUCCUCUCUGCCGGAAUCGAGCUAUCUGGGGACGAACUACACCUACACCAACAGCACGAACAUUGCGCCCCAAUCAUCUGCCCCGAAUGUCGUUGUACUUCCCGGCUUUAUGGAUAACUACCCGGACAGCUGGAUGACACCGAGCCCCUCCAGCUUUGGGUCGGAAAGUCCCGAUUACUACUCACUCGCCAAUUCACCCCAGCGCAGCUUCGUCGAUGUGGAGGAGUACAAGGAAAAUCUUCUGGCCAUGCAGCAAACUUCACAGCUUCCCCAUCUCACCAACGGGACACUUCCACUCUCACCUCCACUUGCCACCGUACAGCUGCAAUUGGUUACUGGCAAUACUGGCAGCACAUCACCAACCGCUCCUAGCACUAAUCUGCCCGUCAAGAAACGUCAGUACAACCGGAAACCGAAAGCGAAACCCGAACCAACGAAAGGUGCCGAAACGGAUGCAAGCUCCCGGGCUGAUCUGUCGUGUCUUACGUUUUCAAAAACAUUCCCAAAACCGGCCGACACGCAAGGAACGAUAGGUUCGACCAAUACCACCACCACCACCACCAACAUCGUCGGUGUGAUCGGUAAGCGAAAACGCAAACAGGUACCACCCCAGAUCAAGAAGAAGCGCCGCCUGGCGGCAAAUGCACGCGAACGGAAACGGAUGCAGAACCUAAACGAUGCCUUCGAUCGCCUUCGCCAGUAUUUGCCCUCGCUCGGGAACGAUCGCCAACUGUCCAAGCAUGAAACGCUUCAAAUGGCACAGACCUACAUUACGGCGCUCUGUGAUCUGUUGCAGUGACUUCCGUGGAAUGCCAUACCGUAGCAGUCUUAAGUGUGCACCAACGGAGUCCUUUUUUGGUGGGGCGAGAUAUUGGGGAAUCCCAUCCACUGUACAGGUAGUAGACCGGAUGUGGAAGCCAGCGGAUAUACAGCGAACAAAACCUAAAACGAGGCUACUGUUUUGUGCUCUCCGGAAGCUCACCCACAGUGCUCUGUGAGGGAACUUCUUCCUUUUUGGGGAGAGAUGUUGUGCUUGAAUAUGACGGCAUCAUCUGGGGUGCUGGAGACACAGAAAGAGAGAAAAAAAUGUCAUAUUAGUAAAAGUGUUGGUAGGCAGGAGACUAGAUUAAGGUUAAGUUUUGAUUGUAAACACAAAAAAGCGCAAAUCUAUGAAGGUUAAAUUAUUUGUCUACUGUUACAUUUAUUAAUAUUAUUAUUGUUUAGUCACGGCAAAAUAAAACAAAACAUCAAACUAGUAAACUUAUCUUUCGGCCAUUGUAGUCUUUUCCUCUGUAGCAAUUGAAAUCUUUCAGGUGUUCAUCGUCUAAUCCGCUCCAUCCGGCAUUCAGUGCAAUAAUCUGGUUAUUCCCAACCUUGAAAUUGAUCUUUGCAUCGUCUUGCAGAAUUCUUCAACCAAAACGGUCCUUCUGUUGGGCACACUUUCUCACGGCACUUCUUCUCCGGCUCGGGUCUGGUCGGUGCUAAUGACUGGGUCUUUACCGCUAAUGAUAAACAUUGACCAACAACGGGAAGAAUAUGGUAGCGAAUAAAGGCCUGAAGCAAAGGAGAGUUGCGUCGGGGAAGGUUUUUUUUUGGCGUUGCACAAGGGUUCUUGAGAGAUGGAAAUGAAAAGAGAAAAAAAACACGGUACGGAGUUGAAUUUUAAACAGCGUUUGGGGCCGUUGCACUUGUGUUGCCGUUGUGCUGAGAAAAAGCACCAAAGAAGCAAGAAAAUUCGCCGUUAAGGUUGGAACUUGGCUGGAAAUAAGUGGCUUGGUUGAAUGUAGUCUAAGGGUUACGUGU